AUGGCUGCAUCCUCGACAAUGCCUCGAAUGCCAUCGUCGUUGCCAUUCCUCGCAAAGCUACUCGUCUUCGUUUGCCUCCUCGUAUUGACGGUUGCCGAGUCCAUGACGCUUUCCGACAAUGCCCUCGAGAACAUUCCUUCGCCAGGCGACGACUUCGAUAUCAAGAAUGGCAAACUGCUUGCUCCGAUCCUGAUCCCUCGCGUACCCGGCACCGAAGGACAAGUGCGCACUCAGAAACACUUUGUCGAUUUCUUCACGCAAAACCUCCCCGAAUGGGUCCUCGAGUGGCAGAAUUCGACUUCAAAGACACCUGUCACUGGCAACAAGGAGGUUCCUUUUUCCAACCUUAUCUUCAGAAGAGAUCCUCCCUGGGCCAAGAAUGGGGAUGUGAGUCGACUCACGCUGGUUGCGCACUACGACAGCAAGUAUGAGCCUGAGGGGUUCAUUGGCGCAAUCGACAGCGCCGCGCCGUGCGCCAUGUUGAUGCAUAUCGCAAGGAGUAUUGAGGAUGCGCUCAAGGCAAAGUGGGAGAAAAUGGAGAAAGACGGUGCCACGGACGAUGGACUCGAGGAAACCCAAGGAAUUCAGAUCAUCUUCUUGGACGGCGAAGAAGCAUUCAAGCAUUGGACGGAGGACGACUCACUUUACGGAGCAAGGUCCCUUGCCGAGGAAUGGGAAUUCAAAUUCCACGGUUCUACUGCAACUUACAGGACUCCUCUUGACUCAAUCAGUCUGUUUGUUCUUCUCGAUCUUCUAGGCUCUAAGGAUCCUACUAUUCCUUCUUACUUCCUCACCACGCAUUGGGCGUACCGGGCCAUAGCAGGUUUGGAGCAGCGCAUGCGACAGCUUAACAUUCUCGAGUCCAAGCCCAAGUUCCCAUUUCUGCCAGAUGGCAACAAGACAGCCAACCGCUUCACUCGUAGCUAUAUCGAUGAUGAUCACCGACCGUUCAUGGAGCGCGGCGUUGACAUUCUGCACCUUAUCCCAUCGCCUUUCCCCGAUGUGUGGCACGAGAUGACAGAUGACGGCGAGCAUCUUGAUUUGCCAACUGUGCGAGACUGGGCGAGGAUCAUGACUGCUUUCACGGUGGACUGGAUGGGUAUCCAAGACUUCAUGCCCAAGCUGGCAGGAACCAAAGCGAAGAGGAAUGGUGUAGCUGCAACAACCACACCGAGCAAGAGGACGGAGCUUUAG